GACUACACUCCUUCUAAGCGGCUGCAGUCAUUUUAUCCGACCGGCUUCUCAGGGUGAGGCACCUCUCGGAUGUCGCCGUGAAAUACUUCCAAAGCGAAACAAAGGUGCUCGGUUAAAAGAAACAAAAAAGUGAAUCCAGGUAGAAUAUAAAAGAAAUCAAGAUGAUGUCAGAAGAAGAUCGCAUGCGGAUGGAGCUGCAAAGAAUGCAGAGGAAAGCUGAUGAAAUCACAGAUGAGUCACUUGAAAGCACAAGAAGAAUUCUGAGAACUGCAGAAGAGACCCAAGAUGUUGGGAUCAAGACACUGGUUGAGCUUGAUGAGCAAGGUGAAAAGCUCGACAGAAUUGACCAGACGCUGGAUAACAUCAACACAGAUAUGAAAGAAGCAGAGAAGAAUUUGACUGGCCUUGAGAAGUUUUGUGGCCUCUGCAUAUGUAGUUGUAGAAGGAAAAAGAACUUUGAGAAAACUGAAGAAUAUAAGAGAGCAUAUGGGAGAAAAGAUGAUGACAGACGAUCAGAUGCAAAGGGGAACAUAAAUGGUGGCCAUAGAGGAGAGGCACCAGCUCAAGGAGGAUACAUUCAAAGAGUAACAAAUGAUGCACGAGAGGAUGAAAUGGAUGAAAAUUUAGGGCAAGUUUCUGGAAUUGUUGGAAAUUUGAAAGCAAUGGCCGUUGACAUGGGAACAGAACUAGAUAAGCAGAACAGACAGAUUGACAGAAUUACAGAUAAGACGAAUGCAAAUGAAGCUCGCAUCGAGGGUGCAAAUGUGAGGGCCAGAAAGAUUCUAAAGAAUGCAUGACAUCCUUCCGUAAUUUUUCAAGUUUUUCAUUCAAUUACUUGAGCGAGUUAUGUCUAAAGCCUUUUCCUAAUCACAAUCGCAAUUUUCUCAAGAUAUGUAUAUAUGUAUCAAGUGAUUAUUUUUGCAGUAUUCGAAUUUAAACUGUCAGGGAAUAAUUAUUAAUGAUUUAAUCAGCUACAAUAACAGGAACAUAGAUAUCCUAAUUUUUUCCUUUCUUCGGUCUACAUUUAUCUAAAGCUGGGUGUUGUUGCAAGCACCGCAAACACCGGAUUUAAGUACACAGUAUUUGGAUAGAACAAUAAUUAUAUAAUCGAUUUGCCUGUCCGUCUAGGUAAUUUCACAAAGAAGGCUAGCCCUUUGCGUAGCUACAAGUAUGGUUUUCUUAAUAAUGUAGUUUUUUCUAAUAAAAUAAAUUAUUUAGAUAAACUUGUUUUUAUUGUAGUCGACAAUUUCGGUAUCACUGCGAUUUACAGAUCUUUGGUUGAUAACAACAACUUACUCACUGAACAAAUAAACCUGUAUAAGUACGAAAGAUUAUCAUAAAUGUUAUUAUAUUUCUCUUCGUUUUCACCCAUGGUUCGAGAAUCCCUAUGACUCGCACCUCCAGGGGUACGACGAAAAUUUCGAAUUAACGUUAACGAAUAUUCGAAUUAACGUUAACGAGUUAACGAAUAUUCGAAUUAUGGAGGACAUUGGGGAGGCUCGCGUGUAAAUGGGUUUUCGUGUUUGAGGCUUGGCAUGAUAACAAGUGGAAAUGGGCUUGGGCUCUAACACAAUGAAAUCUAUUUCUAUCUAUGUUAUCUUUAAUAAUACUGCUUGAGGGAAUUCGUAUGCUGGCACGCGUCUAGCUGUCAUAAUUUUUCAAGUCCAAACAUGCUGAGAUUUUUAACUUUUCUUUGUAUUCAAAUCGAAACACGACGGUUAUGUUAUCGGAGGUAAUUCCAUAGUCAAAACUUCUUGAUUACUUGCUUCUUGUAUGAAAUAUCGUAAGGCCUCGAAAGCCCUCUAGGGUUUUAUUGGCAAUUUUUGGACGGAGGCUUAUUCGAGCGAGGAAUGGGCGGUAUAAACAAUCAUCUCCAAGUUGACAUACAAAUAGGCCUUUUUAUCGUUUUUUCCGCUAAUUUCAAUUUUGUUUCGUUUGCAAUUUCAUUCAACGGCUCUUUCUAAAAUAUAAAAACAAAGUUUAAAUCAAGGCACAAAUAUACAGUUUAGUCCAAAAAUAUUGAUGUGUUCGUUUUCUUUGGCGAUCUCUUCAUCGAUGUCUUGUUUAUUUUAGGUUUUUUCAUUCACCGCUAAAUUUUGUUUAUAAAUCACGGAUUUGAAUGGUGUAUCUUAUCUUCCUUCUAUAUCUCAAUGAAGCCCCCAUGGGUGCUUACUAAUACGCAAGAGUUGGCAUGUUAAGGUGGGGGCCUAUUCGAGGGGAUAUUUUUACAUAAUCUAACCAGUGUAAUUUUUUGUUAUUCAAAUUGUUUAUGAGAAAGUAGGGUCGACAUUGAGUUUUCCAGUUGCUUAAUGCAGCCUAAGUUUCAGAACUCAUUAUUUAGAAAGAUUCUUCUAAUUCUAAUGUCAUCUAUUUCAAUAUUUCGAGGCCUAUCUGUAAUUUUAUUAUGCCAGUAAGGCUCUUUCUUUCCUAAAGUACGAGAAAUUCGAUAUUUUUUUUUAAAGUUGGAUAUUUGAAUUUCAUUCAGAAACUGAAAAGAAAAUAACACCUAAGAAGAACACUAGUUUUCGAAUGCUCGUAAAACUUCUGUAAAGUAGUUUCCCUUGAUUACGUAUACUGUAAUCUUACAAUGGGAGCAGCCGCUCAAAAAUAACAGAACGACUUAAAAAGGAAGGGGUAAUACUUUGGUGAUAUUUUGUAAUGACAAAUUUGGAAGGUAGGUACUAAGUAUACUUGCUGCGUUUGAAUAUUCUAUAAAACGAUGACUAUAAAUGGUAUAGCCUUGAUUAUAAGAGGUUUCUGAUAUACCCCCUCAUUGAAAACGAGUUGAGUAUGAUUAGAUGGUUAGAAAAGAGAAUAAAAGGUUAACAGAAGAAGCGAUAAAUGGAACUGCAGAAAAGUUGACUUUCUAGUUGACCAAAUUUCUUUAGGCUCGCGGCACUGAUUGGUCAACUAUACCGGUCUAGUGCUUGCGUUUUUCUGAUUGGCCUAUUUCGAUCCACAACUGGGUGUAUAUUUUUCAUCGUGUUCUUUCGGACCCUGAUUCUGACGUUUUAUGCUCUGAGGAGUGUCAGACGAAAAAGCUUUUAGUAUGUUGUAGAAUGUUUGCUUUUUUCAAAGCCAUUUUCAAAUUCUGUACCGCAAAAAAAUUGUU